ACAUGGCUAAGUUCAAGUCUCAUUUGAUAGCUUUCUCUCUUUUCAUGGCCAUUAGUGUUUGCACUAGUGACCGAAUCUUCUCAUGCACUCAAACACCUUUCCCUCAUGUUUGCACCAGUUCGAUGUCCAACACCAUUAAGGACUCAUUAGGGUUCCUUAACUCUGCCUUACAAGCAACCCUAGACCAUGCAGUGCAUACACAUAAGCUUGCAUCAUCAAUAGACCUUAGCUUGUUUGAUGAGAGAACUAAGUCUGCAUGGAAUGACUGCCUUGAUCUAUGUGAGGACACCAUUAGCCACCUAAACAAGUGCAUGUCUCCAAAUUCUGUCUCAUUUGAUGACUCUCAAACAUGGUUAAGUGCAGCCAUUGCCAACCAACAAACAUGCAUGAAUGGCUUCAUGGACUUCAAUGUUGAUCCUUCUCAAUUGCCAUCUUUCCCCUUCACAUCCAACAACAUUUCCAAAUUCAUUAGCAACUCUCUAGCCAUCAACAAGGCCAUUUCUCCGACUAACUUCGGCCGUCACCGCCGGUUACUCUCCAGUGACUUCCCGACAUGGCUCUCCAUCUCAGACCGGAAACUCCUCCAAUCAUCUAAGGUCAAGGCCAAUCUUAUUGUGGCAAAAGACGGCUCUGGUAAUUAUAAGACGAUAUCCGAGGCCAUUGCAGCCUCUUCGAAGUUAAGAAAGGAUACUUCAUCAAGGUUCAUCAUACAUGUUAAAGCCGGUGUCUACAAGGAGAAUGUAGAAAUUAAGACAUCGAUGAAGAACAUCAUGAUCAUCGGCGAUGGCAUCGAUAAGACCAUAGUCACCGGAAGUAAAAAUGUUCAAGAUGGUUCCACCACCUUCCGUUCUGCAACUUUCGCUGUCACAGGUGAUAAAUUCAUCGCACAAGACAUAACGUUUGAGAACACGGCCGGGCCACAAAAACACCAAUCGGUGGCUCUCCGUUCAGGGGCCGAUCUUUCGGUGUUCUACCGGUGUAGUUUCAAGGGCUAUCAAGACACACUAUAUGUGUACUCCCAACGGCAAUUCUACCAAAACUGUGACAUCUACGGCACCGUAGACUUCAUCUUUGGCGAUGCUGCUGCCGUCUUACAAAACUGCAAUAUAUACGUGAGAAAACCAAUGAGCCAGCAGAAGAACACAGUCACAGCACAAGGCAGAACAGACCCAAAUGAAAACACUGGCAUAAUUGUACAUAAUUCAGUGGUGUCCGCGACAUCGGAGUUACAAUCAGUGCAGGGUUCCAUCAAGACGUAUCUUGGCCGGCCAUGGCAGAAGUACUCAAGGACUGUAUUCAUGAAGACGUCACUUGGUGGUUUGAUUGAUCCGGCAGGGUGGUUGGCAUGGGAUGGAGACUUUGCUCUGAGUACUUUGUAUUAUGGUGAGUAUAUGAACACUGGAAGUGGGGCAUCAACUUCUGGAAGAGUUAAAUGGGCAGGUUAUCAUGUUAUAACUAGUGCUUCUGAGGCCGGAAAGUUCACCGUUGGGAAUUUCUUGGCCGGUAACUCAUGGAUUCCGGCCACCGGAGUUCCUUUCACUUCAGGGCUUUGAAAUAAGAUAAAUUGAUAUUUGGUGUGCAUGUGUUUUUUUUGGUGCUUCUUUCUUUAUUUCUAAGUUAUUUUAUUUUAUUUUUUUAUUUUUGAGUGUUUUCUUGUUUUGAUUGUUGUAUUUGUUUUAUGAAGGAUUAAAUUGUAAUAUUGGUAUUCUUUUUGGAAAAUGAAAGUGAAGGAAUUGUGUC